ACUGCUAUUGCAGUGGAAAUAUGAAAGUCUAACGAAUUGAGUCUUAGGAUAUAAAUUUUGUUAUAAAUGCCUUGAGCGAUGAUGGAAAGAGGAAAGGGAAAUGUGAAAGCUAAGGUCCCACUGUAAAAUUAGAAGAAGUUGAAUUGUCUUUUAGAAGAAGGCAGUGGGUAGCAAGCAUCCUGAGUUUGUUUGCAUAUUGGGUUUUAAAUUUUAAUCUUGUUGCCCCCAUUCAUUUCCCCACUCUCUUUACUCCUUGUCCUUAGAAGAUGGAAAGUGGAUUACCUUUGCUUAACUGUCUCUUGCAGCAGACUCUCAGAACCAUUUGCACUUCUUCCAAUUCUUCCACUUCUUCUAAGUGGGUUUAUGCUGUCUUCUGGAGGAUACUGCCUCGAAACUUUCCUCCACCAAGGUGGGAAUUUGGAGGAACUGCGCUUGAUCUCUCCAAAGGAAAUAAAAGGAACUGGAUUCUUGUCUGGGAAGAUGGGUUCUGCGAUUUUAACGAAUGCGAACAGAGGAAGACUGGUAGUGGUUACUUGAACGGUAGAUUUGGAGCUGACGUAUUCUUCAAAAUGUCGCAUGAAGUUUACAAUUAUGGAGAGGGACUAGUGGGAAAAGUUGCCGCAGAUAAUGGUCACAAAUGGGUUUACAACGAGAGUCACAACAGCGAGUGUGAAGCUAGUUAUAUUGCUACAUGGAACACUUCGGUAGAGCCUCAACCAAAGGCAUGGGAGUCUCAGUUCAAUUCAGGCAUCCAGAGUAUAGUCAUAAUAGCAGUCAGAGAAGGCGUUGUGCAAUUGGGUUCUUUUAACAAGAUUGCAGAGGACCUGAAUCUGGUGAUCAGCAUACAAAGACAAUUCAGCUACCUCCAAAGCAUACCGGGUGUGUUUGGUAUUCAAAGAUCAUACCUACCGAUUCAACAUCCAUACAUUGUGAAGCCCAGUUUCAUAGAAAGCAAUGGAAUGCCUCCAUAUGACAUGGCCUGGAACAACAACCCUCAAAUUGGAGCACCGGGCCCAUCUCUUUGUUCAGGUUCUCCACCUUUACAAUUACCAUUACCAUUACCAUUACCAUUACCAACCAUGCCUUGCAGUUUUGGAGCUUUGCUAUCGAAGUUACCAUCUGGAAUCCCACUGCAUAAUCAAGUCCCUAAUUCUGGGACACAGAGCAGCACCAUGGAGAGAGUGAAGAUUGAGGACUGCGAAUUUUAUCCUACCCAUGACGGUGAUCACAAGGGAAAGGUUCCUUCCUUGAACGAGUAGCAUGGAUUCGAGCGUAAUGACUCUUAAUCAGAGUAGUUAGUAUAGAUUAAGAAAAUGGUAAGCUAUUUAUUUUCUGUGGUGGGCACAAUGUAUUGUGGUAUGUUUAUUGGUGGCCGACAAUCUAUCAA